CAAACAACGUGAAUAAUAUGUCCUUGGAUAGCCUUGGAAGUCUAGUAUCUCAAUUGAGUGGUCUUUGUUCGAGGAGAGAAAGCUUAUCUUACAAAAAUCGAGCUGGAGUGAGUGGUGGUCUGUGAACUCGAGCUGUGAGAGUGCUGAGACUGUUUGGUUGAUAUCUCGAGUUAUACCAAUCCAAUUAAGGCGUGUGAGAUACCAAAAGAAAGCUCUCAAGACGAGGAAUCCGUGAAGAUCUGGUUUGCAUCAAUCGGAGUAGAGGAAGGCUUCCAAAUCGUCCGAGAAGAACGCGACCUCGCAGGAACGGAUUUACUCUUCUAAGAAUCGAGUUAGCCGGAAAACACCCGUUCUAGGGGCUGUUUUCGUAUCAACGAUUAGGGGUUGAAAUAGCAACUUGAGGAGGCUGUUUAACACCCAUUUUCAAGCAAGGAACUAGUUCUCAAUCUUCCUUGGCCGAGGCUUUGGUCAUUGGAUCGAGAAGGAAGGUUUUAAAGCUCAUUUGAGGUUGAGGCUAGAGCUUGCUUCCUGUGCUCGUUGCUCGAGAGAUCAUAUAGGAGGGAAGACUUGAAAUGGACCGUGGUGGCAGGAUUACUAGGAGAAACCCGACGGGCCGUGUACCAGUGGAGACUGGACAGGGCAGUCGAAGGACCUCUAGGGCAUCUAGAGGAGCUGGCCGUGGAGGCCGAUCACAGACCGUGAGUGACGGUCAUGUUGACACAGAAAGUGAAACCUACUGGUCCUAUGAGGACUCGACUUACCAACCGGAGACCGAGCCGGUUGAGACCCCUUACGAAGGGGAUGCCGAUGAUAUAAGUGAUGAAGAAGGGGAGAAUGACUCCCUAGCCAGAAUUGAGGCGUUGCUCCAGCAAUACCAGCGGGAGCGCGAGGAAAGGAGGGAACGCCGAAGGCGCCGAGGAGGGCGAACUUCGGGUGGGGCUUCAAGAGGAAGAAGCCAUGGCGACUCUAGGGCCCACAUUGAACCACAUGGGGGCCGGGGUGAUGGAGGUCCGAUCAUAAGGAUCUCCAAAUACCUCAAAGAGGCACGAGACUUAGGGUGCAAACCCUUCAACGGAGCGGGUGACAUCUCGGUUGCCGCCGAAUGGAUCAAGAGGUUGAACGAAGCAGCCCUUGAUAUGCAACUCACCCCCGAAUUUAAACUAAGGGUGGCGGUGAGGUUGCUUGAAGGGAUGGCAUCCACAUGGUGGGACGGAGCCAAGGGAAAGUAUGGCAAUACCGUGACUUGGGAGGAGUUCCGACAGGAGUUCUUUGCCCAAUACUAUUCUGAUUUUGAGGUGAACAAUAAGAGGAGAGAGUAUACCCUCCUGACCCAAGGUGGCACGAUGACGGUGAGGCAACUUGAGCACAAAUUCAGGGAACUCGCGGAAUUCAUACCGGAGUACAUAUGUGAUGAGAACCGGAUGGUGAAUCACUUCUGGGAUGCCUUGGACCUUGACAUACGCGAGAGGGCAACACAAUUGCCUAAUAUGACGUUUAGUCAAGUGGUUGAACAAGGCCUGAAGGGAGAGAAGGAGUGGGAGGAAAGAAAACGAAGGAACGCCGAGGAGGCGAAGAAGAGGAAGUGGGAGAGUCACGGCUCCCAAGGUUCCAACAAAAAGGGGAACCAUGGAGGGGGAUCUUUCCGUGCACCGCCGCCACCAUCUAGGGGGAACCAGGGCCCGAGCAGGCAUGACUCGGGGUCACAAGCCUCGGGGACGCCUCGUUGCUUGAAUUGCAAGAAGAGUCACCUCGGAAAAUGCCGAGAACCUCCUAGAUGCUUCCAAUGCGGGAAUACCGGGCAUUUGAAGGCGCAUUGCCCACAAUUGGGUGGGGCAAGGUCAUCGGGACCAAGUAGCGGGGCCACGGGGACGAGAAACCAAGCCCGGGGUUCCCAAUCAACUAGGGGGCAUGGAGGAGCAAGCGCGAGCAACGCACCAUCGGUAAAUCAAGAAAGGACUCAAGCUAGAGUCUAUGCGAUGACGGAGGCGGAUGCUCAAGCUAACCCGGAUUCCGUUGCAGGUAUUACCUUUUGUAUACUUAUGUUUUACCCUUGAUUAGUCCAUAAAUUGAGGUUGCUAGUCGUUGGGAUCGUUGCACGAAGCUUUGGGGUCAAACGGAGCAAAAUCGGGUGAAAGACGACUGAUUUCUGCCAACGCACACCAGGCUGGACCAUACGCACGGCCGUGCGUUGUCCGUGCGUUGGUCCGUGCGUUGGUGGCAGUAGAACCCCGGGAAGAAAUUGCUAUACGCACGGCCGUGCGUUGUCCGUGCGUUGGUCCGUGCGUUAGUGGCAGUAGCUCCGUUUUGAGGUUAUAAGACACGCACGCCGUGCGUGCCUCCUAGGCACGCCGUGCGUACCUCCUGGGCAGCCCAAAGUCGACUUUUUCGCGCCGUAUUGCAACGUUAAGACCCGUUCUUGAUCCCAAACACGUGUGUGAACAUAAUAAACCUCUCUAAAUGUAUAGGAAUGGUAGGAAAAAUGUCUUACAUGGUUCAUAAAUGUAGGGACACUAAAGAUUAAUGGGAAGGAUGCGCGAAUCCUUAUCGAUACCGGGGCGCAACGUUCAUUUGUGAAUGAAGCGUUCGCCAAGAGGUUGGGGGUGCAAUCCGCACCAUUGAUGCAAACCUUAGUGGUAUCAACACCACUAGGAGAUGACGUGGAAAGAACUUGUUAUUAUCCAUCUUGUGGGGUGGAGGUUAAUGGUCAAACCUUGACGUGUGACUUCGUACCGCUGGGCAUGAUUGAAUUCGAUGCAAUCCUAGGGAUGGAUUGGCUAGAAAGGAACCAUGCUAGGGUAGAUUGCUACACGAAGGUUCUUGAACUCAAAGGCAAUGAUGGGGAGACCCUACGCUUCGAGGGCGAUCGAGGGAGAUCAAAUAGCUGUAUCAUAUCCGCCGUGAGAGCGAGAAGUAUGAUGAGAAAGGGAUGCCACGCAUAUCUAGCAUACGUGGUUGACAAAACCAAAGAGGAAACGAACAUCGAUGAUGUGAGGGUGGUUUGUAAGUAUCCGGAUGUCUUCCCUAAAGACCUACCGGGGCUUCCACCUGACAGAGAGAUUGAAUUUGUGAUCGAGGUCGAGCCUGGUACCAAACCAAUCUCCAUACCGCCAUACCGUAUGGCACCCGCUGAACUUAACGAGUUGAAAACCCAAUUGCAAGAGCUUUUGGAUAAUGGUUUCAUUAGACCAAGCCACUCCCCGUGGGGAGCACCAGUUCUUUUUGUGAAAAAGAAAGAUGGGACACUUCGAAUGUGUAUUGACUAUCGUCAACUCAACAAGGUCACAAUCAAGAAUAGGUAUCCUUUGCCUAGAAUUGAUGACUUGUUUGAUCAACUACGAGGGGCAACCGUGUUUUCAAAGAUUGAUUUGAGGUCGGGUUACCAUCAAUUGAAGAUUAAGGAAGACGACAUACCAAAGAGUGCUUUCCGCACAAGGUAUGGGCAUUUUGAGUUCCUUGUUAUGUCAUUUGGGUUAACAAACGCCCCAGCGGCAUUCAUGGACUUGAUGAACUGAGUAUUCCAUAAAUACUUGGAUCGAUUCGUGAUUGUGUUCAUAGAUGACAUUUUGAUUUAUUCAAAGAGUGAGGAAGAGCAUGAAGAGCACUUGAUACUCGUUCUUGAGACACUACGGGAGAAGCGACUUUAUGCCAAAUUUUCUAAAUGUGAAUUUUGGCUAAAGGAAAUUGGCUUUCUCGGGCAUGUGGUUUUGGGAUCGGGAAUUGCUGUUGAUAAUAAGAAGAUAGAGGCCAUUACCGAAUGGGAGAGACCAAAGAAUGUCAAGGAAAUUCGUAGUUUCCUUGGAUUGGCAGGCUAUUACAGAAAGUUCGUGGAAAAGUUCUCUGUUUUGGCGUCGCCGUUGACGAAGCUCACUCGAAAGGGAGCUAAGUUUAUAUGGGAUGACAAAUGUGAGAAAGGAUUCAUCGAACUGAAGAAGAGAUUGACCGAGGCACCGGUACUUGCAUUACCCAAACAGGGUGUGGGGUACGAUGUCUAUAGUGACGCGAGCAUCCAAGGGUUUGGGUGUGUGUUGAUGCAGGAAGGGAGGGUAAUUGCCUAUGCUUCACGACAGUUGAAGAAGCAUGAGGUAAAUUAUCCUACCCAUGAUCUGGAGCUGGGAGCGGUAGUGUUUGCACUAAAGAUUUGGAGACAUUAUCUCUACGGAGAGACAUGUCACAUAUAUACUGACCAUAAGAGCUUGAAGUACGUGUUUACUCAGAAGGAGUUAAACAUGAGACAGAGACGGUGGAUGGAGUUGAUAAAGGACUACCAUCUAGUUAUUGAGUACCAUCCAGGUAAGGCAAACGUUGUAGCAGAUGCCGUCAGCCGGAAGAGUUCGUCUGGGGCAUUGUUGACUAGUUUGAGGGCACUGAGGGCCCAAUUGGAUGUAUCUAGCGACGGUGCCUUAUUGGCACGGUUCGAAGUGAGACCGACUUUACUUGAUGAGAUCAAGAAGGGUCAAGAGACGGACACAGAACUUAUGAAGGUCCGGGAACGCAUGCAAGCGGGACCGGUGGAGGAUUUCAGGGAAAGAGAUGAUGGUCUCUUGUUAUUUCGUGACCGAGUGUGUGUACCGUCAGAUGAUGAGCUCCGAAAGUCCAUCUUAGAGGAGGCUCAUUCAUCGGCUUAUGCCAUGCACCCGGGGGGCACGAAAAUGUACCGUGAUCUGAAAGAAAGUUACUGGUGGUCUGGAAUGAAGAGGGAAAUAGCCGAGUACAUCAGUCGGUGCCUUACUUGUCAACAAGUUAAGGCAGAACAUCAACACCCAGCAGGCUUAUUGCAACCACUCUCCAUCCCUGAAUGGAAGUGGGAGCACGUGACUAUGGAUUUCGUGGUAGGCUUACCACGGACUAUCAGGAACUAUGACGCGGUUUGGGUUGUUGUGGAUAGGCUCACAAAGAGUGUACACUUCUUGCCUAUCAACACUACCUACCCACUUGAGAGGUUAGCCAAAUUGUAUACGGAUGAGAUUGUGAGGCUGCAUGGGGUCCCAGUGACCAUUGUAUCCGAUAGAGACCCACGAUUCACAUCACGUUUUUGGCCGAAAUUUCAAGAGUCUAUGGGAACGAGAUUGAAGUUCAGUACUGCAUUCCAUCCACAGACGGAUGGGCAGUCUGAAAGGGUUAUACAGAUCUUAGAGGAUAUGCUGAGGGCUUGUGCAUUGGAGUUCCAAGGAAGUUGGGACAACCACUUAGCACUUGUGGAGUUUGCCUAUAACAACAGUUAUCAGGCAAGCAUCGGCAUGCCUCCAUACGAGGCAUUGUAUGGGAGGAGGUGUCGUACACCGUUAUGCUGGGACGAGGUUGGCAUGGCCGAACUCGAAGGUACUGAGUUGGUUGAGGUCACCAAAUCAAAGGUGAAAUUGAUUCGAGAGAGACUCAAAGCGGCGCAGGAUAGGCAAAAGAGUUAUGCAGAUAAGCGUCGAAGAACCUUAGAGUUUAAGGUUGAUGACGAGGUAUUCUUGAAAGUUUCUCCUUGGAAAGGAAUCAUUCGAUUUCAAACCCGAGGGAAGCUUAACCCACGAUACAUAGGUCCAUUCAGAAUUUUAGAGAGGAUUGGGGCCGUUGCAUAUCGUCUACAGUUGACUCCUGAGUUAGAGAAGAUACAUAAUGUGUUUCAUGUAUCCAUGCUUAAGAAAUAUGUACAUGAUCCCUCCCACGUAUUGGAAAAGCCGCCUGUAGAGGUACGUGAGGAUUUGAACUACGUUGUACAACCAAUCAAGGUCACCGAUAGAAAGGUGAAGAAACUGAGGAGCAAAGAAGUCCCAAUGGUUAAAGUACUUUGGAAGAGCGAUCGGGUCGAAGAAGAGACAUGGGAGACAGAGGCUUUGAUGAGGAAGCAGUAUGCUUUCCUAUUCGAGUAGAGCUGUGAAUUUCGGGGACGAAAUUCCUGUUAAGGGGGGGUGAACUUGUGACACCGCACCCGAAUGUCCUUGGAGAUUUGAUUUAAAUAUUCAAAUUUAUGUAUUGAAUUUUCGAUCUCCAAACAAUUGUAAAACGAUUAAUGUUCUACGUAGUGCAUGGUUGAAUAUCGUACUGUUCAAACUCGUACACUAGUGUCGGGUUUCGCAAAUACUUAUUCGGGACUUAUUAAUAAAUAAAAGAGCUCAACAUUACCUAAAUAGUGAUACAUAAUACUUCAAGACAAUUUGAGGAAGGUCGGGUGGCUCAAACAUUAUUUUGGGCCAACCUGCUAAAAAUAGCAAGUGUUCGAGAAUGGCGUUCUAAACCCACUCGGGAGUGACCCACACGGCUAGUAGCCCAAUAAUACGUAUGACAAAUGUCAAAUAAGUGAUUGAAUGAUUAAGGAAGAAUACAAAUGCCUAUAACCCCACCUUGGGCCUUAUUGAGCUAAAUAAUGGGAGUAGGAUUUUCCUUCUAUAAUAUUCAUCAAGUAAAUUAUUGGGAUGAGCCUACACAUAUUGGAGAUCAAUAAUGUGAUUUAGGAAGUUGACUUGUUCUAAGUAAAUUAGGAUGAGUACAAAAAGACAUUUUUGACAAAGAUAAAACAAUAGGACCCAUCUUCCCAUUUUUGGAAGUAUUGGUAGAUAUUUUGGACCCCAAAUUUAAUGGGAUCAAUUGGGAACCACUCCACAUGAUAUUAGUACCUGCAAAACAAAUAAAAAUGGGUUAGAAGACCUACCUUGGCCGGCCAUAAUGGAGGGGAGCUGCACAUGACUUGAUAGGAAUCAAAGCUUGGGCCACCAUCCUUAUUUUCGCUCAAAUUGGUGUGCUGUUUGUCUCCUCUCAUUAUAGAAGCUAUACUCGACCAAACAACGUGAAUAAUAUGUCCUUGGAUAGCCUUGGAAGUCUAGUAUCUCAAUUGAGUGGUCUUUGUUCGAGGAGAGAAAGCUUAUCUUACAAAAAUCGAGCUGGAGUGAGUGGUGGUCUGUGAACUCGAGCUGUGAGAGUGCUGAGACUGUUUGGUUGAUAUCUCGAGUUAUACCAAUCCAAUUAAGGCGUGUGAGAUACCAAAAGAAAGCUCUCAAGACGAGGAAUCCGUUAAGAUCUGGUUUGCGUCAAUCGGAGUAGAGGAAGGCUUCCAAAUCGUCCGAGAAGAACGCGACCUUGCAGGAACGGAUUUACUCUUCUAAGAAUCGAGUUAGCCGGAAAACACCCGUUCUAGGGGCUGUUUUCGUAUCAACGAUUAGGGGUUGAAAUAGCAACUUGAGGAGGCUGUUUAACACCCAUUUUCAAGCAAGGAACUAGUUCUCAAUCUUCCUUGGCCGAGGCUUUGGUCAUUGGAUCGAGAAGGAAGGUUUUAAAGCUCAUUUGAGGUUGAGGCUAGAGCUUGCUUCCUGUGCUCGUUGCUCGAGAGAUCAUAUAGGAGGGAAGACUUGGUUCGUGUUUCCUCCAUUCUGUUUUUAAACAUUAAUAAACAUGCUCAUGGAUAUUUUACUGUAGAGCCUGCGUGCUCAUGAAUAGCCUUGUGUGGCCCUUUCGUUUUAAACAAUGUUUUCCGCUGCGUUACGAAUUACUUAUUAUGUUUGUUUAUGGAUGUGUAUGUGUGAAUGAUAUUCAAGACGCCUUGUAUAUUAUGAAUGUGUUGGACUGCGGUUGACUAUUCAUAUUGUACGGCGGGUUGUUGACGUGUCCGGAUAGGUCCGGGGCGUGACAAUUGAUCAUAUCGUUUUUCAGUUUAAUUUAUGUGUUUUCUUAGUUACUUUUUUUUUAAAAAAGUGUUUUAUAUCACUACCUCUCGGAGGGAUUCAGAAUGUCUCAGAUGUAUCAUUUUUUUACAUUAGAACAUAUCUUAUUGCUAUUUUGUGUUGCCAAUUUUAUGCUAAAUUUUAAACAAACAAAAAGUGCUAUGCUCGCUUGCAUCCCCGCGCUGUCAACUGAUGCAAGAAGAAGUGUGGGCAUAGCAAUCCCUUGAGGCCAAAGAAGAUGAAGUAGAUUAUGCAUGUGAAGAUUUUCAAGGCCAUUGUUCGUCUGCUUCACUAUUUUUCUGUAUGUGUUGUGUUGUCUUAAGUUAUCGAUAUGGAUCUUGCCAAAGAUCAAUUACAUUUGGAAGGUCUUUACUCUUUAUGGGCUUCAUGUUGUUUACAUCUUCUUAGCAACCUCUUUGCUAAGGUUUAAAUAGCUGAAGUGGUUUAAAAUGCUGCAACUUAUACCACUAUGGAUCAUUCUUCCAAUGCUUAUAGAAUCCUUAAUGUAUCCAC